GAAGCAGACGCGAAAGCCGUUCCUGAAUUCAAAGAAGAGCCCGUUGAACUCUGGGAUGAUCUCGAUGCGGGUGACUGGGAUGACCCCUUCAUGGUUAGCGAGUAUGUUGUGGAGGUGUGCAAGUAUUGGAAAGAGCUCGAGGUCGAGACGCUCCCUCAAGGCGAUUACAUGAAUCGUCAAGCCGAGAUCACCUGGGAACAUCGCGGUAUUCUGGUUGAUUGGAUCCUCCAAGUCCACGCUCGCUUCAACAUGCUACAAGAAUCAUUCCUCCUCUCAGUCAACGUCCUUGACCGCUUCCUCUCCAGACGUCAAAUCUCAAUUGGCAGACUCCAGCUCGUCGGCCUUGCGUCUUUCUUGAUCGCUACGAAGUUUGAGGAGACCUACGCGCCCUCCGUAGCAGAGAUGGUAGCCCUUGCUGACAAGCAGUAUACCGCUGAUGACAUCCUCAAGGCGGAACGGUAUAUUCUCAAAACUUUGAAUUGGGACUUGAGAGCUCCUGGCGCGAUGAAUUGGUUGAGAAGGGGGAGCAAGGCGGAUCAUUCUGAGACCAAGGCGAGGACUAUUGCGAAGUAUCUUAUUGAAAUUGGGUGCUUGGAAUGGAAGUUGGUGGCCGUUGUGCCGUCGUUGAUUUCUGCGGCUGCUUUGUGGCUCGCUAGGCUCACUUUGGGACGGGAUGAAUGGACGCCGAAUCUCGCACACUAUACCACUUAUUCGGAGGAGGAGAUUUUGCCGAUUGCGAAUAUUAUGUUGGAGUAUAUCCUGACCAACCCGGUUCAGCAUGAAUCACUGUACAAGAAAUUCUCCAGCAGGCGAUACUUUAGG